GGGGGAAGUCUUUUACGACCAGGUAGUGUACCAGGUGAGUCUGCAGGCAGAGUUCCGAAGGAAGCAGCGCCACGCCCUCGAUGCCGCGUGGGCCUCCAAGGAAACCAAAGCAGUCCGGACAUGCUUUGUGGGUUGGGAACCUACCGCCUGGUACAAUAGUGACCGACCUCAAAGAUCACUUCGCCCGAGAAGCCACUCAAGAUAUCGAGAGCGUCUUUUUGAUUUCAAAAAGCAACUGCGCAUUUGUCAACUAUAAAACUGAAGCCACUUGUGCGGCGGCUAUGGCUAGGUUCCAUGAUUCUAGGUUUCAAGGAGUUCGACUUGUUUGUCGUCUACGGCGCAGUACAAAUAACUCACCCGCUCGGGACCAUCCCGAAUCUUCUCCCAAUCCAAUCUCUUCAACAGAUCAACUGCCCACUCUGGAAGACGAGCCUACCUCUGCCACGGACGAUCAAGUAGAACCGGAAGAACCCCAUCGGGUUGAACCAAUUGAGUCAUCUGCAACCACUACCACUGAGUCCAAAUUGAACGCUCCUCGAGUCGCUGAAAAGUUUUUCGUCGUCAAGAGUCUCACGGUGCAGGAUUUGGAGCUUAGUGUACGCAAUGGGAUCUGGACGACACAAGCACACAAUGAAGAUGCUUUGAAUAAGGCUUAUGAGUCUGCUGAAAAUGUCUAUCUCAUCUUUUCCGCAAACAAGUCUGGCGAAUACUUUGGGUACGCUCGAAUGGCCUCACCGAUAUCCGAAGAUGCAUCAGCUGCGCUUGAGUGGGUGCCAAAGGUGGAAGCCCCGAUCGAGGAACAAGAUUUACCUAAAGCGAUUCCGACUCCGGCAACAGAAUACGCUCCCAAGGGUCGCGUUAUUGAUGACUCUGCGCGUGGCACAAUAUUUUGGGAGGCAGACAACGAUGAAGAUGAUAUUGCUGAGGUUGAGGAGAAGGAGGAGCCGCCAAGGGACACGGGUUUACAAGAUGAGACAUCUUAUGCCGAUCAAGCGUGGGGUCGACCGUUUAGAAUCGAGUGGGUAUCGACCACUCGUCUUCCGUUUUAUAGGACUCGAGGUCUUCGCAAUCUUUGGAAUGCAAAUAGGGAGGUCAAAAUUGCACGAGAUGGCACAGAGCUGGAAACAAACGUGGGUAGGCGAUUGGUGCAGAUGUUUCACCGCUACGUUUCAGCUCCUCAGUUGCCAAACUAUCCUGUAGGACCGACCGUCCAUUUGCCUCCUGGAUAUCCUCACUUGCCGCAUUAUUCAUGAAAAGAGCUCGGUCUUAGCAUCGCGUGGAAGAGACUGAAUCAAGACGCUUGUGGUUGGAAAUCUGUCAUAGUCUCCGCUUCUUUACCUCUGAUGAAUGAUUUUUUUUCUACAUUCCUUAUCACAUCUACAGGACUUUCCUGCACUUUGAUAAUCUACAUGCAUUUU